CCACAACAUCGUUUAUAUGCACUCACACAACAAACACAAAGUCGUCGGGUUCUCAUUCAUUCGUUUACAAAAAUGAAGUUUAAUAAUGAUAUUCUUACGACUGAUAUUGAUUUAGUAUUGAUUAAUAGUGAUGCAAUGAGCGAUGCUCAUACUGAUCGACUAUCAAGUAUUACAGUCAUACCUAAUAAUAUUGCUUAUAUUAUUUUCACAAGUGGCUCAACUGGAAUACCAAAAGUGAUUCAAGCACGCCAUGAAAAUUUCAUUCAUUUCAUGAAUUCAUUAGUCAGGAUCGACGUAUUCAACAAAGAUGAUAUUGUAGUUCAGAUUGGACGUUGUUCAUUUGACAUUCAUGUUCAAGAAAUACUUGGCACUUUAAUGCAUGGAGCUACUUUGGUAAUGGUUCAUCCAGGGGGAACAAUCGAUUUUGACUAUCUCUCCAAUACCUUGCGGGUGAAACAAAUUACAUAUAUGUUCAUGGUUCCAAGUUUACUUCAAAGCUUUUUCACAUUUAUCGCACAAUCUAGCAAGACAGCUACUUCAAAAUAUUUUCGAUCACUUUGUAGUGGUGGCGAACCAUUCUCUGUUCAAUUAAGUAUUCUAAUCGCAAAUAAUAGUAUGUCAAAAUAUAAUGUAUGGAAUUACUAUGGUCCUGCAGAAAUAACAAUCGCCUGCACACUUCAUCUUAUUGAUGUUAAAGCUAGUUCUAGAAGUAUUCCAAUUGGUAGAUCACUUCCUAACUAUUGCUGCUUGAUUUUAAAUAAAUUUUUACAAAGUGCAUCUGUUAAUCAAGAAGGAGAAUUAUUUGUUGGAGGUAUGAGUGUCUUUGCUGGUUAUCUUAGACGUGAUGAUUUGACUGCAAAAGCUCUUGUUCAGAUAGAUAGUCAAGUAUUUUAUCGAACCGGUGAUCUUGUUAGAAUAGAUAACAGUGGUCUUCUUCAUUAUCAAGGAAGAAAAGAUUAUCAAAUCAAACUUCAUGGACAACGUAUUGAACUUGGUGAAAUCGAACGAUGUUUACUUAACAUCACAUCGAUACCUGCUUGUGUUGUCAUGAAAUGGAAUGAUGAUUAUUUAGUUGCUUAUGUUCAAUCUUAUCACAUCAAUGAAGAACAACUACGUCAACAUUGUCAAUCUCAUCUUCCACCACAUAUGAUUCCAUCAAUAUUCAUUAUUCUUGACAAGUUACCGUUGAAUCCAAAUGGAAAAGUAGACAGAAAACAACUUCCUUCAUCCGACUUCUCUCUAUCGACUUUGUUAUCGUCUGAUAAAUCUGAUACU